GCAUGAUCCAUUCUCAAAAUGGAAACUCUUCUGGUUUUCAAUGCAAAUUUUCCAGUAUAGCUUUGGAAAUUCUAGAGCGAGCAAGCGAAUCAGGCCAUGUACUAUGACCUUCUAAUUGAUUUAGUUUCAAACUUGCACGCUUCCUUAUCUUAUCUUAUCAAGAUGACGACAUUUUAUGGGCGAAGAAUGUUAUUCAUAAUUCACUCAACAUAAUUGAUUUAAACUUCUUCCGCCUGAUUAUUAUUCGGUGUUAAAGAUUUUAUAAUGACUGAUUCUCAACAAGCUUCAGGCAAGGAUAGUAAAUGGAUUCAAAAUCUCUACACGACAAUUAAGUCCCCUGCUGAUGAGCUGACUUAUUACGAGAAUACAGCAAACGAGUAUGAACAAACUCUGAAGAGUCUCAACUAUUCCGCUCCUGAUCACUGCAUGAAAACCUUGAAGAAUUUUGAACAAAAAUCAGGUACACUAGUUCCUAAGGAUGGCAAGUUCAUUGACAUUGGAGCUGGCACUGGCAUGAGUGGGGAAGCUUUGAGGAGGGCAGGAUACACUGGACAGAUGGAUGCCCUGGAACCCUCUGAGAACAUGUACCAGGUGGCCAAAGAGAAGAACAUAUACUCCAAUUGGUUCUCUGACCUCAUCUGGCCAGAUAAAGAGACGAGUGUACCGUCCGAUACAUAUGACCUCGUGUUUUCUGUUGGCGUCUUCAACAAUCGCUCGACCACUAGCAACUGUCUUGGAGAAGUGAUACGAAUGGCCAAACCCGGAGGCAUCAUAGCCAUCACUCACAAUUACGACUACUGGGAGGGGGACUACAAACAUGCAGUGAACAAUCUAGUCGAGCAGAAGACAGUUGAACUGAAAGCUUUGGAAAUAUCAUCGGAAGGAGAGUAUUAUGGGGAAAAGACAGCUUGUGCUUACAUUCUGCAGAAACUAUAAACUAUUUUCGAAAAACUUUUAUAGUUGUAAAUUCAGGUGCUCGUUUAGAUGUAUGCUCCCAACGAACUCCGUGUGAAAUAAACGUCAGACCGAUCAGCAAUAAAACUAACGUACAUAAAAAAUAAAUUACAUCAUGAA